GUAGUUUUCACAAAUGUCAGAUUUAAUUUUCAAGUUAUUUUUAAUAAAACAAAAUUUGUAACGUUAUUAUAUAUAAUACAUAAUAUAAAUGGCUACAGUUAAUCCGGAAGUGUUCAAGAAAUUUAAAAAUGCUAACAAAUUGCCAACUAGGCAAGAAGGAGACGGACAUGAAAUUGAAAUUGAAGUACGAGAGGAUGAAGAACAAUCAGUUAAACUUCAAGAAAUCAUUGACCUUUUAGUGGCAGCUGGAUAUUUUAGGGCGAGAAUUAAGGGGCUGUCGCCUUUUGACAAAGUGGUGGGCGGUAUGACUUGGUGUAUAGAAUCUUGCAAUGUAGAUGUGGAUGUAGACCUGUUAUUUCAGGAAAAUUCAACCAUUGGCCAAAAGAUAGCUUUAACUGAGAAAAUUGUAGCAGUGUUGCCAAAGAUUAAGUGCCCACAUCGAAUAGAACCACAUCAGAUACAGGGUUUAGACUUUAUCCACAUAUACCCAGUUAUACAAUGGCUCGUCAAACGUUCCAUGGAAUACCGGCAAGAAAUGUCUGUUUUCGUACGUUCGUAUGCAGACAAUCAAUUCAACAAGCAGUUCGACGUGAAAGACAAAGAUUCCGAAAUUAAAAGACAUGUACUGGAGAAUAUAAAUACUGUCAGUGAAAUAUACAGACCGCAGAGAUAUUACAAGAGGAAAAAUGCUCCGCCACCAGACUUUCCGUCGAGAGUGCAAAUAACAUUGCUCGAAUACGAUCACAGAGGCGGUAACGCUCACGGGACUGGUUCAGCGGCUGGUACUAGCGGGGAAGGCGUCUUAGAGAAGCAACAGGCACAGGAGAGGCAAAUUCAACAGCUGCUGAAUAAUUUGACCGCUGCCAAAGAGGAAAUCGUCGACUAUGAAGAUUUGAAUGAAGAAGAAAAGCAGCGCAUUAAAAAACAUUACGCUUCCCUACAUUCCGAACUGAAGGAUGGAGGCCAGCAAUCUCGAGAAGAAAUACAGUCGGCUGCCUUGAACGAGCAGAAAUACAUCCUGACGGAAAGGUGCAAUAAAUUCGAGGCGGCAAAGUUAUCGAUAGAAGACGAACUGAAGCAAAACACUGCAGCCCUGCAGGAUAUAAGACUGAAACAACAAGAAGCCGAUAAAGCUUUAAAAGAACUAGAACGGACUGAAGCGAGUGAUCCCGAAAGCGUGAAGGAAGUCGAGGAACUAGUCAUAUUAAACGAUAAUUUAAAGGCGCAAGAAAUCCAGUUUAGGGAAUAUUGUAAACAGGAAUUGGCCAGAUUGCAGAAACUUAUAGACGACACUAAAAAGACAAAAGCGAAGACUCCGAGCGAGGCUGACGGUGACCUGAACACAGCAAUAGGGGAGGAAUUGGAGAAGGUCCGGGUGUUGAGACUUCAGGUGGCCAAGAAGAAUCGACACGUGGCUAGCCUGCAGAGGCAGCUGGACGACGUUCCAAAUCGAGCCGAACUAGCCCAAUAUCAGAGAAGGUUUUUGGAGCUCUACAACCAAGUUGCCGCCAAGCACAAAGAAACGAAGCAGUACUACACCCUCUACAACACCCUGGAGGACACCAGGAUGUACAUGCAGAAGGAACUGUCCCUACUAAAUUCCAUCUCCGACAGCUACCCGGAAGCCGUGCGGUCGAGCGGCGGCAAAGAAGAGUUCCUCAAGCAGUUCCAGAACAUAGUGGAUAGCGUGAGGCAGUCCAAAUUCAAGGUGGAGAGGAAGCUUAUCGAGGAGAGACAGAAAAGGGAUCAACUCGGCUACACGUUACAAGGCUUGGUCGAGCUGCAAAGGAAGUAUGUUGCGGCCGUGCGCCAGUUGAGCGUGGAGUGCAGGAAACACGAGGCGGUGUUGGCUCAGAGUCAGCGUAAAUCUUGAAUAUUAUAACGUAACCUGUUUUCGUGGGAACAAUCGGAUUUUAGUUCUCAAAUUAUAGGCUUCCUUAGGUCGUACACUGGCACGACGUUAGUUUACAGUUCAAAAAAUGUACCCCAAAAUUUCAAUGAAAUUAUAAUGUAAUGUUUAUGGAAAUUGUCAAAAUAAUUCAGGGUGGCGCACCUUGGGUUAUUUUAAACCGAAAAGCUUGAAUGAAUCGAGAGUCUAAGUUUAAAAUAUACUGCAUUUAUUUAUAUAUCUCUGAAGAUGUUUGAAGCAGGUGGACGAAACUUGGAUCAAUCAUAUAAUUAAAGACAGAUAUUCAUUUAAUUACUCAGAAUUUUCAGUAUUUCGAGAAAUGAAAAAGUGCAUUUGAUACCUAAUUUUAUUUUUUUAAAGUUUAAAGUUUAAAAAUAACAUCAAAAAAUGUAAAAUAUUUUGACCAAACUUCCUUAUCCUUAUUUUUGAGUAUGCUCUUUGGAUUUUCGAGGUCGAAAUUGUAUUUACAUGUUUCAAAAAAUAAAUGGCGGAUUUUUUUGUGAAAAAGUACCAAAAAAUUGGAAUUUUUUUUAAUCUAUUUUUUUUCAAGCCGAAAAAAAAUGAAAUUGUGUUUGGAACUGUCCGUUAAAGUGGGCAAAAUUGUAGUUUAGGUAAAUUUUUUUUUUCAAAAUAGUGGAAAAUAGUAGAAAUGUAGGAAAAUAUGCGUUUUUUUCUAAAUAAUUCUGAUAUAAAUCGACAUUGAACUAAAUGUUUGCUGUCAAAGUGUAAAAUUUCUAUUGUUCUUUUUCAACGCAUUUCACGAUCUCAGUAAUGGCACGUUCAAUAUGGCGAUAGGGAAACUAGGAAAAAUACGAGUUUUCUCACGAUUAUCGGCUAUAACAGAUUCAAAACGUUUAGUUUUUUUUAUAUUUUGGAUUACAUUGAAUCAAAAUCUGGUGAAGGAUUUUCAAAAUUCAA